ACCUGACUUGGCAGUCACUGAAUCUAAGCUUCCAAUCUCUGUUGUUGGUGCCCAUAACUAUCAUUGUAUCAGCAAUCUGCUCGCUGCCCUUGUUCCCGGUAGGAAUCGAAGCGGCGGAGCUCGUCUACUCGUCUUGGCAGUGUUAUGAAUCGGUUUUUUGUCGUUCCGCUCGCUUCCCUGUUGCUCGGAAGUUAUGGCGGAAGUUGUUCGCUGACUGGAAUUCAAUCGCUCGGAGUCGAGCGGAGGUAAUGCUGCUGUACCUGUAAACGCUAAUUUCUGAGCACAGCACUUUGAAAAUGGACAUAGAAGACUGCAAUGGUCGUAGUUACAUUUCAGGGAGCGGUGACUCUUCAAUGGACAAAGAGUUCUCUGGGGCGAUGGUGGGUCCCACUGUGAGCACACCCAACAGUCAGCACUCUUCACCCAGCCGUUCUCUGAGUGCCAACUCCAUCAAGGUUGAGAUGUACAGCGAUCAAGAGGCAGGGAGGCUUCUGGCACAGGAGGAUGGCGCUAGUGAUAAAGAUGAAGCAGUCAUUGUGGAUGUGUCUUUUUCGGACCCGCUAGGAUUCUUUGAGGGCACGGGGCAGGGACCUCAUUCUCCUGGAGGGAUUCGCCUUCCUAAUGGAAAACUGAAGUGUGAUCUAUGCGGAAUGGUCUGCAUCGGACCGAAUGUUCUUAUGGUACAUAAGAGGAGCCACACUGGCGAACGCCCCUUUCAUUGUAACCAGUGUGGUGCCUCGUUCACACAGAAAGGAAACCUCCUGCGGCACAUCAAAUUACACUCUGGGGAGAAGCCUUUUAAAUGUCCGUUCUGCAAUUAUGCCUGUCGGAGAAGGGAUGCGCUCAGUGGACACCUCCGAACACAUGCAGUCUCCUCUCCCACUGUUGGCAAGCCUUACAAAUGUAAUUACUGUGGCCGGAGUUACAAGCAGCAGAGUUCAUUGGAGGAGCACAAGGAGCGCUGUCACAACUACCUACAGAGCCUGAAUGCUGAGCCUCCACAACCAUCUACUCAGCAAGCAGGGGAGGAGAACCGUGACAUGGAUGUGAUGCCUGACCAUAUCCUUCAGCCAGCCCCUGACAGGCCUUCUUUUAUAGAUAGGCUUGCUAACACCAUUGCAAAACGAAAAAGAUCUACUCCGCAGAAAUUUGUGGGUGAUAAACACAUACGCCUCAACCUAACUGAUGUUCACUUUGAGGUGAACUCCAAUUUUGAGAAGGAUGUAGAGAUGAUGGCUCCUCACCCCAUGGACCAGAAUUUGGGCAGUGCACUGUCCUAUCUAGGAACAGAAGCAAUGAGGCCUCCAAGGCUCCCCAUGACUAGUUGCACGCCGGAGAUCACGCCAGUGAUCAGUGCUGUCUACUCCCAUGUACAUCCCAUCCACAGCCGAGCUGAGGCACAGGGAAGUCGAGAGGCAGCAGAAGGUCAUGAAGACAUGCCAGAACAUCUGAAUUCUAGAGCAAAAAACCAACUGGUAGAGCUUGGAGUGUCUCCAAGCAAUGGCUGCCAUGAUUCCACAGAUACAGAAAGCAGCCAUGAAGACAGGAAUGCCCAAACUUUCCCUAGUAACUAUGCCACAAGGCAAAGCCCGGCCUAUUCCAAAGAGGACCCAAAGGCACAGGAGCCCCAAUCAUCUGCCAAAGCAGCUCAAAGCUCAGCCAAAGAGGUCCUAAGAGUCUUAAAUGAAGAUGGAGAACAAGUUAAGGCCUAUAAGUGUAACCACUGCCGGGUUCUCUUUCUUGACCACGUAAUGUUUACCAUUCACAUGGGUUGCCAUGGAUUCAGAGACCCUUUUGAGUGCAACAUCUGCGGCCACCACAGCCAGGAUCGGUACGAAUUCUCCUCUCACAUUGUCCGAGGAGAGCACAAAGUGAGUUAGAGAGGGCCACAUGGACUACACUUUUCUACUCCCCUUGCGCUGGCUUCAUCUAAAGAAGGAGGUGUUCUUACUAGGGUUGGACAAGAUAAUUGUUUUCAGGGAUUAAUCUACAGAACAAACUGGGGUUAAAUUUGGCUCUAUUUUCCAAUUAAGACUAUAUGUUCUCCAUCUGAAAUUUUUUGUUGCAUCUUUGACCCAAAGAUGCUAACCUUAAUUGUAUUUAGUUGAACUUCAGUGGAGAAAAGCAGUCCAUAUUUCUAGAAGCCCAAUUUUACAGUUGAUGCCAAUUAAUGAAGAUUCAGAUUAUGGUACAUUUUAUUUCGAGCACUGGUUUAUUUAUGUAUAUAAGGCAGUAUAAGUGGGUUUUCCUUAACAGGGAUGAAUUGAAAAUGAGAUUUUUAUUCCUACCAAAGCACCCUAAUCAAUGGGCUUCAUCUGUUUUUUUUAACCUUCUGGAUAGCAGAGAGCUCAACUGUUAUUAAAUUCUGAAGACCGCGUGUAACUUUGAAGGGAAUCAUCUGGUGACCCUUACUGACCCUUUUAGCAUCAUAUGAAUUCUUAGAUAAAUAAAAGUAAUUUAUCCGAAUGACAUGAAUCAAAGAGAACUAACUAUGUUUAUGUCUUAGCGACAUUUGUCUUUGGAAUAUGAGAUUUUACAAAUGCCCAUUUUUAACAUUAAUGAGCUUAAGGGUUAAACUAUUUGAACAUCUUGGCCAUUUUGACACUUAUGACAAAAGAUAUGAUUUGCCCACUUUUUGUUUCCAAGUCCCAGUUCAAAAACUGUGGAUUAAUCCCAGAAUAUUGUGACUUGGCUACCCGGCUACAUAAUUUAAAGUGUCCAGCCAGA